AUGGAAAGUUUAUAUUUCACAAUAUUUCAUCCACAUGGAUGGAAGCUAGUGAAUAUUGUUCUAAAGAAGACAUGAUUCUCGCUAAUAUAAACAGCAGUACAAUGCCUGGGAAACACAAUAUAUACAAUAAUUACUGGAUUGGAUUAAGACAGUCGUACAUUUAUCAAGCAGAUAUGGAAUCGGGGCUUUGUUCAUUUAUCGAAAAAUAUAAUUCAGGUGGUGAUCUAAGUUAUUCCAAAGAAGAUUGCUCAAGUAAAAAUCCAUACCUUUGUGUAGAAGAUCUUACGUCGAAGGAAUCAUCUAUAAAAACCGUUCAAAAUAUAAAAUACCAGAUGGAAGUCAACAGUUGGACAGCAGUGCAUGCUCAAGAACAUGGAAAUGCCUUGAAUGAAAGUGGGUCAGGUGUCCUCGCUGGUGUAAUUGUUGGGAUUAUCGGGACAGUCGCUCUGGUGCUGUUCACUGUCAUAUGUUUGUUUUUCAGGUUUAGAAAUAAAAAUCCCAGAUCCAAAUAUCAAACACCAACAAUCACAUUCUCCAGCACUCCAAGGCGUGAUAGUAAACUCUCACAGGACAAGUCAGUGAAAUCUACCCCCAUGAAACCCUUAAGGAGGUCAAAGAAAUCGAACCCAGGAUCUUUGACAGGAGGUACAGCUUAUGAAAAUAUUGUACUUACAUUAGAAGAUCCUGCAACGAUUUCCCGAGUUGUAAGUUCAUCCUCAACAGCACAAAAACAAGACAUGGAAGAUGUCGAAAAUAGUUAUGACGUCAUGGGUGCAUUCAACACAAACAGUAACCCGGAGGGUACUAGUCAGAGCGUCUACGGAUUUAGUGCUCCAGAUAAUGAAUAUGACGUCAUGGACAGGGGUACCAGACGUACUGUAGAAGUGAAUCCUGACUACGAUCACAUGUGACGAAAAAUUUGUGUUUGAGAGAUCACUUUAAUUGUAUUGUUAUUAAUUUAAAUUUUUUAUGAUAUGUUUAUGUUUACUUUUUUAUUGUACAUAUACAUGUACAGUACAUUUCAUUUUCAAAGGGGCAUGAAUUAUUUGCUGUGAGGGAUGCAUGCAACCUAAAAAAAAUAUAAAAUCAUUAAGAAUUCAUCAGUCAUUUUGAGAUAAAAUAUUUUUAAUUUUUUAUAUUUAUGUGUGUGUGCGUGUGUUUUUGAGGGUGUAAAAGUGAUCUGAGGCUUCCUAAUACUAUAGAAGAAAUUGGUAAUAAAAUGUGCAUCAUUAUGAUCUCGACCUUUGUAAUAAAAAAUAUUGUUGCCCAAGAAGACCAUUUUUUACUCAAAAUUUUACAACUAGUGCAUGAUGGUUUACCAAAGCUAGAAAUACCAUGUUAAAAAAAGUU